AUGUCGUCCAACGUGAAGCGAGCCAGCAGUGCCCCGACGGCCACCAACGCCGACACUGCCAGUGCGUCCGACACCCCGGUCGCCUCUGAAUCCGCAUCGGUCACUGCUACUGAUCCCACGACCACCUCUUCCAAGGAACCGACUACCACUUCCUCCAGCGAAUCAUCGACCACGAGUUCCACGUCUAAGUCGACCACCACUUCGUCCUCGAAGGCCGACCCGACCACAACAACGACCUCAUCGACAUCCUCGGAAUCUUCCUCGACGCCACCUCCCACUACAACUUCCGAACCGACCUCAACAACAACCUCCCAUCACACUACCGCCACCCCUACUGUUGUCACGACCACCUCUAGCAGCAGCAACGGCGAGUCAACCGUGGUUGUGAUCACCCAAACUCAAACCGACUCUGCAACAUCGACCGGCACUUCAGCCAGCGCGACCAGCACCGGCACCGACUCACCCUCUUUGUCCGGCACCAGCGCUGCCUCUGGAUCAGGCGGUCUCUCCGACAGCGGUAAGAUUGCUGUGGCCGUUGUCGUCCCGGUUGUCUCCGUCGCCUUAAUUAUCCUCGCCGCAAUCUUCUUCUGGCGCAAGCGCAAGGCCAACAAGGCCGCCGAGGAGGAGCGCCGCAAGGAAGUCGAAGAGUAUGGAUUCAACCCGAACAACGACCCAACCCUCCCCGGCAUGAUGGCUGCGGGUGGCAGCGUUGCUCCCAAGGACGACAACUCUUCUGGAUAUCGCGGCUGGGGCACCACCUCCGCCGGCCGCAAGGCUUCGACCAAUCUCUCCAGCGGCAUGGGCGGCCUGGCCAUGUCCGAAGGCAGCGGUGCCGGUGGAGGCUACCACCACAACGCGACCCCCAGUGAAGGCACCGUGCAGUACUCUGACGGUCGUCCCGACUCCGGCGAAGUGGAACCCAUCGGUGUACUAGGCGCGGCUCCCGUUGCUGCUAACAACCGCAACGGCGAUAUCCACCGCGGCCCAUCGAAUGCCUCUUCCGCCUACUCUGCUGCUAACCGCUCCGAGGCCUCGGAGGAGAGCCACAUGUCUGCCGCACACCCAUCGGGAGGAUACUACAACGAGAACCCGUACUACGGUGAAAUGACCGGCCACGGUGCCUACGGCAUCGACGACUACCAGCCUGUCAUUCGGGAUGUGCAAGCGCGCCGGAACACGCGCAUCGAGAACCCUGGCGUGUACCCGCGGCAGGGUAAUGCGGGCAUUGCGCAGAACUUCUAA